CCUAAUGACAGUAUAACAGUGCAUCGUUUCUCACUCAUUUGCUGCUGAGCAGUAGACAGUCGAGAAGCCUGUCGGCAUCUCCUGCGAUUCCUCUGCUUUCUUCUUUACACAUACACACCCUCUCUCCAGUGGCCUCGAGACACUACCCCUCGGAUUCUACAGCAUUGAUACCCUCCGCGUCUCACUGAUUAUUCUACUGUCCUGCAACCAUGACUGGUGCUCGCGUCGACCGCAUCCGCCAUGGCGGCCCGGCCAACAAGCCUGGCUACACCUUCUAUCCGGUCCUAAUCAUCGGCGCCGGCGAGUCUGGCAUUGCCAUGGGCUGCCGACUGCGUCAGGUCCUGGGCUUCGAUCAAUUCCGCAUCUUUGAGCGGAGGUCUGCAUUGGGAGGCACAUGGCACACCAAUCAGUAUCCCGGUAUUGCUUGCGAUGUCCCGGCCAUCAUGUACUCGUUCUCCUUCGCCCAAAACCCUCACUGGACGUCCCUGUUCCCCUCCGGGCCCGAGAUCAUCCAGUACCUCUACGAUGUGUGCGAGAAGUUCGAGAUCCUGGACAAGAUCCAGUUCGACACCUCGGUCAAGGGCAUGCGCUGGCUCGACGAUGUCGAAGAGUGGGAGGUCGAGCUGGACCACCUCGCCCCGGGGAUAGGUGAUCUGUCCACCCGGGAAAGGCAGGCGCUGGAGAAAGAGAACGGCCCCAACUCCAAGACAGUACUGCGCACAGAGAUCGUGCGAGCGAAGGUCGUCUGCAGCGCGGUGGGCGGCCUGGUCGAGCCGAAACCACCUCUAGACGUCCCCGGGUUUGAUACCUUUGAAGGCGAAAUCGUCCACACGGCGCGCUGGAACCCCGACCUCAAUGUCCGGGGCAAAGAUGUCAUUGUCAUCGGUACGGGCUGCUCGGCAGGGCAGGUCGUGCCUCAGCUUGUGAAGCCCGAAUACGGCGCCAAACACCUCACGCAGCUGAUGCGCUCGCCGCCUUGGGCCGUGCAAUUCCUCCCUCCCGCAGCCAAGGAGUUCUGGAAGAAAUGGAUCCCCUUGUUCUCCACGUAUGUGCCGGGCUUCCAGAACGGGCUGCGCAAGUUGAUGUUCGCCAUGAGCGAGCUCGAGUUCGUCGAGCUGUUCACGCCCAGUGAGGCCGCGAGGCAGCGCCGGAAGAAGAAGGCCGCCGAGCUCCUGGCGUACCUCCACAAGACGGUGCCGGAGGAGUACCACGAGAUCAUGACGCCAGACUACGAAGUGUUCUGCAAGCGACGAGUUGUGGAUGAAGGGUGGUACCAAUCCCUCGCCCUGCCGAACGUGGAGAUCACCACGCUCCCCAUCACGUCCAUCCAGCCGCGGUCGGUGACCCUGGGACCGGGUCGUCUCUAUCCGCCCAUGUCCAAGACCGACUCCAAGGCGCCCACUGAGCAGCGCACGGUUCCCGCGGACGUCAUCAUCAUGGCCAACGGCUACGAGACCAACCAGUGGCUGCACCCGCUGGACGUGACGGGCCGCCACGGGCGGUCUCUGUACAAGACGUGGGACGAGCGAGGCGGCGCGCAGGCGUACCUGGGCACCGCGAUGGACGGGUUCCCCAACUUCUUCAUGAUCUUCGGCCCCAACACGGCGACGGGCCACAGCUCGGUGAUCCUCGCGAGCGAGAACAUGGUCAACUACGCGCUGAAGUUUAUCGGGCCCAUCCUGCGCGGCGACGUCGACACCGCCGAGGUCAAGGAGAGCGCCGAGCGCCAGUGGACCGCCGACCUGCAGCGCGAGCUGCGCCAGAGCGUCUUCAUGUCCGGCGGCUGCGUCAACUGGUACACCGACGCCGCCAAAGGGUGGAACGCCACCGUCUACCCACGCACCCAGGUCGACUUCACCCUCCGCUGCAUGUUCCCCGUCUGGCGCCACUGGGACCUCAAGUACACCACAAAGGGCCGCUUCAAGCUCGCCGCCUCCCGCGCCCUCCGCGCCCUCGGCCUCGUCGGCCUGGUCUGGGCCAUCGUCUUCACGAGGAAGCACGGCCUGCAGAGAUCCAAGGACCUCCUCCGCGAGCUGCUCAGGAACGGGCUGGAGGGGAUCCGGGGUGUGUUGCUGAGGAGCAGAUAGUUGGCGUCCUAGGCGGGGGUUACGGAUGUCCCCUGGCCGGUAUACAUGGAGAUCACCAUGGAAAAUUAGAUGUAAGGGGCUAGAUAUGAGGUGCAUUUGUCGGUCUAAUCACACGGGAGUCAUUCUGCUAUUCUUUCGAUAUUCCAUGGAUGCAAGGCGACAACGCGGAGGCCAGAGCCCCCUGUUCGACUGCGGGAAAAUUAAAAUCAGUUUCGUCCGACGAUGCGCUCUAUUCACAUAUCAUUAUUUCAUGCUUCAGGCGUAGCAAUGGUUAUCACCCGUGCAAUACG